AUGGCAUCUCCCGCCACGUCCCCAUCUACAACACAUGUCUCAUCAGACGUGACACAAGUGACGUCGGCACCUAAAAUUGAAGUGGCGUUGCCACCCACAACGAGAGCAAUUCUUCGAGCCUCAUCGCCAGGCAUAACGGAAGUUACAGCACCAGCAGCCUAUCUAACCACAAAACAUGUAGCCUCAUUACCUUUAGAGCAGUUGGUGUCCAAUGCAUCGCCGUCAGCCUCCACACAAAUAUCAUCCUCCAUCCCCAUUGCCUGCUACAGCAGGCAUCCUAUUACCAGUCGUGUUGUCAGAUACAACACUCAGAAAGUAACCAGUGCUGUUGCCAGAUACAACAUCCGUCAAGGCACCAAACCUGUUGCCAGAUACAGCACACGCUGUGUCACCAGUCCUGCUGCUGGAUACAGCACACAUCCUGUCACCAGCCUUGCUGCCCGAUUCAGCACACGCAGUGUCACCAAUCCUGCUGCCGGAUUCAGCACACGCUGUGUCACCAGUCCUGCUGCCCGAUUCAGCAUACGCAGUGUCACCAGUCCUGCUGCCAGAUUCAGUACACGCAGUGUCACCAGUCCUGCUGCCGGAUUCAGCACACAUCCUGUCACCAGCCUUGCUGCCCGAUUCAGCACACGCAGUGUCACCAAUCCUGCUGCCGGAUUCAGCACACGCUGUGUCACCAGUCCUGCUGCCCGAUUCAGCAUACGCAGUGUCACCAGUCCUGCUGCCAGAUUCAGCACACACAGUGUCAACAAUCCUGCUGCCGGAUUCAGCACACGCUGUGUCACCAGUCCUGCUGCCAGAUUCAGCACACGCUGUGUCACCAGUCCUGCUGCCAGAUUCAUAACACGCAGUGUCACCAGUCCUGCUGCCAGCUACAACAUGAUUCGCAUUGCAAGAUUCUGA